AUGGCAACCGCCGCGCCAGAGAUGGCCAUCCAGUUCUCCGAGCCUGCUGAAAUGCAGGUCGAGCAUUCCGCAGCUAUCGCGAUCGAAGCACCGACGAAAAGACGAGGUCGCGCGAAGCUUCUACACGGGUUGCAACGGAUAUCCUCAUCACCAGCUCUUGCUCAGCUGAGUCGAAAGCGGGCGACGAGCAAUCCAUAUGGUGGACGAAGUGCUAUAUCAGCAGUGAGCUUGGUGCUAGGAAACUCUCCUCGGAGUUACGAGAAUUCCUAUCAGUCUCAGGCACAGUCGGCUGGAUAUUCUACAGCCCCUACAUCAGGCCCUGGAACCCCUGGCCUUGACACCCCAUUCUUCGAUGGCUCUGGACGGUUUGCAGCUCGGCGGAAGGAGUUUGGAAAUGGCUCACCGGGAACAUCGACACCUACUAGUCCUCUAUCACGGCCCAUGUCAAGAGGUGCAUUAUCCCCACUUGCGACAAAUGAAGCCAUUUUGGAGAUUCAAGAGGAUUACUUUUCCCUGCCAUUAACACCUUCGAAGCCUUCACCUCGAGCGAAUUUUGAUUUCUGGGGAGAAUUGCCACAUGAAGUAAAGGUGGCUGUGUUUGCAUAUUUGACGCCAAAAGAACUAGUCCGUACAUCAAUUGUGAGCAAGAGCUUCUACAGAGCGUGCUUUGAUGGGCAAUUGUGGACAUGCUUUGACGCAUCCGAGUUCUACAAGGACAUACCCGCUGAAUCCCUUGCGAAAAUUAUUGUGGCCGCGGGCCCAUUCGUUAAAGAUCUCAAUCUGCGAGGAUGUGUGCAGGUUGAACAUUACAAACGGGCGGAAGUGGUUGUGAAGGCCUGCAAGAACCUGAUCAAUGCUACACUGGAAGGGUGCCGGAAUUUCCAGCGCUCAACACUGCACAGUCUGCUGAGGAGUAAUGAGAGGCUGGCAAAUUUGAAUCUUACAGGGCUCACAGCUGUCACCAAUGGUACCUGCAAGAUUAUUGCCCAGUCAUGUCCGUCAUUGGAGAUCUUCAACGUCUCUUGGUGCACACAUAUGGAUGCUCGUGGAAUUCGAGCAGUCGUUUUGGGUUGCCCGAAGUUAAGAGACCUUCGAGCUGGUGAAGUUCGAGGCUUUAACAAUAUAGAUUUGGCUCAGGAGAUCUUCGAGAAGAAUGGGCUCGAGAAAUUGGUUCUGAGUGGUUGUGUUGAUGUUACGGAUGAAGCUCUCCAGACUAUGAUUGUUGGAACAGAUCCUGAGAUCGACAUUCUCACUGAUCGACCUAUGGUACCCGCCCGACGGCUUCGACACUUGGAUUUGAGCAGAUGUAAUCGACUUACGAGUGCUGGAGUGAAGUCUCUGGCGUGGAACGUCCCUGAGCUAGAAGGGUUACAGCUCAGUGGCUGCACUGCUCUGACUGAUACAGCACUCAUGGAAGUUCUCGAGUCCUCCCCUCGCAUUACACACUUGGAUCUUGAGGAGCUUUCUGAACUUACCAACACUGUUCUUUCCGAACAUCUUGCAAAAGCCCCUUGUGCUCCAAAACUAGUACAUCUAUCGAUUAGUUACUGUGAGAAUCUCGGCGACACUGGAAUGUUACCGGUUGUGCGAGCUUGUACCAGUCUUGAAAGCAUCGAUAUGGAUAACACGAAAAUCAGUGACUUAGUUUUGGCCGAAGCAGCAUCUAUGGUCAGAUCUCGCUCCUCACGAACAACAUGCUCUCGCUCUCGGCCACGUGUCGGCCUUCGAAUGAUCGUCUUCGACUGCCAAAACGUCACCUGGACAGGAAUCCGCGAAGUCCUCUCCCGCAAUUCCGAAGUCCGCAAGCCCAACGGCUCCUCGAACGGCGCUACCUACCCAACUCAAAUCAUCUCCAUGAAGUGUUUCUACGGCUGGCAAAUGACGGUCGACGAACACACCAAGCGCGUCCUCCGUGGCGAUCUUCCUGCAGCUGGUAGACUCGAGCGCAAAUGGACGGAAUAUAUGAUGGCGAACGAGGAAGCGGGUGCGGCUGGUGCGGGCGCCCGAAGACGGAGGAGGAGAGCGAGGGAAGCGCAGAUGCUUCAUGCGGAUGAGGAGGAGGGUGGUGUGGGUAUGGGUGGGAUUGGGCGGAGACGACGCGCGAGGAGUAAUGGGUGUUCUGUUAUGUGA